AUGAAAAAGGUCUCUCUCUCUCCCUCUCCCUCUCCCUCUCUCUCCUUCUCUCUCUCCCUCUCUCUCUCUCUCUCUCUCUCUCAUUCUCUCUCUCCCUCUCUCUCUCUCUCUCUGUUUCUCUCUCCUUCUCUCUCUCUCUCUAAUACACGCAAAUACUCACAUUCUCUCGCACAUGCGCACACACGUACUUUAUCUUUCUCUCACGCACACUCUCUCUUACUCAUUUUCUCUCUACCCCUUCUCUCUCCCUCUCUAUCACGCACACUCGCUUCCAAUUAUUUUCUCUCUAACCCUCUCUCCCUCCCUCUUAUUCACCUACUCUCUCUCUCUCUCUCACUCAUUUUUUCUCUUCUCUCUCUCUCUCUCUCUCUCCAUCUCUCUCACGCACACCCUCUCCCACUCAUUUUCUCUCUACCCUCUCUCGGACCCCCUCUCUCUCACACACACACUCUCUCUCACUCAUUUUCUCUCUACACCCUCUUCUCUCUCUCUCUCUCUCUCUCUCUCUCUCUCUGUUUCGCUCCCUUUCCAUUGGUUAAACAUUUCAUUUCAGUACGAUCUUCUUACGAUUUCCGGUCCUUUAUUUUAUCGUUUGGGGCCGAGUGGGCAAAAGCAAAGCGAUGUCAUGGUGUCAGAGCAAAUAUCUAUACGGGUGUAUCAUAUUAUCUAUCUAUCUAUCUAUCUAUCUAUCUAUCUAUCUAUGUGGAUCACUCUAUUAAUAUCUGUCUAGUAUAUAUCUAUUUCAAUCAAUCCAUUAUCUAUCUAUCUAUCUAUCUAUAA